AUGGGUUUUUUACCAAUUGAAUUUUCGUUGGAUAAUGCAAGUCUGGUGGCUUAUACGAUUGUUGCAACUCUUUUCUCAUUGUCGUCCAAUAUGUUUGAAAUUGUCGUAUUCAACAAGAAUGAAUGUACUAGUGAGAGGAGUGAAGGAUUUCUUCUCACGAGCCUACUUUUAGAUCAAAAUGAGGAGGAGUUUAUUGAAAGUUUUCCCAAUGAAUUGAUUGGUUCGAAAGAAUUUAUGAAGAAAGCUGUCGAAAUGUGUGGAACUAUUGUUAGGUGUGAGUGUUUGAAUAAGGAGUUUUUGCAGGAUCGUGAUUUUGUGUUAAGGGCUGUGAAUAAUGCACCAAUUUCCCUCUUGGAAGAGAUUCCACUUCAAUAUAGAAAUGAUGAUGAGAUUGUUUUUAAGAGUUGUUCAUUCAUCCCAGCAUGGGAUGCAGAAUUAAUGUCAGAUCGUUUAAAGAGCGACAAAUCUUUCCUUUUAAAGGUGAUUGAGAACGAUCCUCCCAUCUUUAAGUGUAUUAGUCCAGAACUAAAAACCGAUACAGAUUUCAUUAUGGAAUGCCUUGAUAGGGCUGGCACUACGCUAUUUGAUUACAUUCCCGACUGGAUUUUAGAAUCAAUCGUUAAGGAUAUCAAUAUAUUGAAAUCAGUUUCCUCCAAACGAUUUAUAAGGGAUUAUUUUGCACGAGCUGCCUCUAAAUUCCUCCCCCAUGAAGUAAUUAUUGAACUUUCCAAUGACAGAGAGUUUGCCUAUCAAUGCAUUAAGAAUCAAUCAACAGCUGCUUCAUUCUUCUCACCAGAUAUUAGAAAAGAAAUAGAAUUUAUCAAACUAUCCAAGAAUUUGAACAUUGCCCCAGAUAAGACAGUAUUAGAUCGUGAAUUCCUGAAAGAAAUGUAUAGCUUGGACAUUCAAAAUUUCCACUACAUGCCAGACGAGCUCAAGAAUAACAAAACCUUUGUUUUGGAGUUGAUGGAAAUCAAUGGAUUAGGUUUGGAAUUUCUCUCUUCUUCCCUAAGAACUGAUCAUGACAUUAUCCAACGAGCAAUUCAACAAAAUGGUUCCUCCCUCAAUGUUGCCCUAACUAAAGAAAGACGAAACAAGAAACUUCAAGAAAUGGCAACCGAAACUAGUGGCUAUUUCGAAUAUUUACAUGCUGACAACAUGAAAUUCUGGAAACACUUUAAUUUAAGAUUGGAGAAGGAGUACUUUGGAUUUGACAUUCCCAAACGUUUUUGUUCAGUAGCAGCGUUACACAAAAAGUACCAACUUGAUUGA